GACCAAAGGAGCUGGGGAUCGAAGAGCGCGCCCUACAAAGGCCAGCAGUGGGCAGCACAGUCCAGUGCCAAAGUGGCCCGCGGCCAGACUCAGGUCUCGGAGGCAAGCAGCAGAGAUCUGCUCCCACGGAGGGUGCUCCCGGUUUCUGCGCCAUGAUCCAGCGCUUGUCCCGACCCUUGGAAACAGGCGGAGGGCAGCGCCCCAGGAGCUGGGGCUCCCAGCUCACCCGCAGGUUUUCCAAGCUUUUUGUAUCUGCUAAACCCUUUCAUCAGCGUGAGCCUUGCAUGAACACACAACUGCGUGGAAGGAAGACAGUAAGGGGCGGUGCUGAUAGAAGGAAACGGUGCGCGUUACCUUAGAAGCGGCAGGUGCUGGGAAGCAUAGCUUGAAAACCUACCAAAGAACUGGAAGCUUUAUUAUCAGGUAUAUCGGCGGACCCCGUUGACUGCCUCGCGGGCUUCAGUCAACGUGGGGCCCCGCUGAUCGCCUGUGCGGACCGCUGUCCCCUUCGAUCGCAGCGUUUCGCUCGGCUCACGGCGACUACUCCACCGCGCGCCGGCAUUCCCUGACGACCCCCGUUCCCCGACAGCGGCAUUUCCCCGACAGCGGCAUUUCCCCGACAGCGGCAUUUCAAAGGUAAAACAUGUUCUCCCAAUGGCUCUUCUUCCUGUUACUACAAGCACUCUUACACCUAAGAACAUAUGGAGGGCUUCAAGCGCCGCCUGGCAAUAUUUACCACGUCCUCUUUGGGCCACCGUGUGAAUGCCGUGGAGGAACUACUACCGAUCAUGCCAUCCCCUCGUCUUAUACUCAGGUAGUAGACUGCAACACAAAAACAGCUUACCUAGCUUAUUCACCCACAACAACAGGGGGGAUGUCCAAACCCACAUGGUCCUGCGUACCUAAGCCUCCUAUCAUACCUGCCAUUAAUGGAAAGCCAGGACCAUGCCCAUGCACCACCUUUUAUCCAACAAUGCACUCUUCUUGCUACAAUAAUGUUCAAGAGUGUACCCUUGGCAAUAAGGCAUAUUUUACUGCCAUACUCCAGAAAACAAAAAAUGCUGCCAACGUAGGGGACUGGGGAGAUAGCUCAUCACCCAUUGGCCUUAGUUCCACCAAAUACUUACAAGCCGCCUGCCAGGGCACUGUAGGACAGUCAGUGUGCUGGGAACAAACUCCUCCUAUUCACACUUCUGAUGGAGGUGGGCCUCAAGAUAGCAUAAGAGAACUCACCGUCCAGAACCAAAUAGAACAGCUCAUUGAAAACCAAUUCCCUAAACUCACCCAUCACCCUCUGGCUCUUCCCAAGUCACGAGGAGUAGAUCCAGAUACCCAAACGACAGACAUUUUGACAGCCACCCAUCGGGUGCUAAAUAUUUCCAACCCUACACUAGCCCAAGAUUGCUAGUUAUGCUUAAGCCAAGGCACCCCCAUGCCUCUAGCUGUCUCCACCAACAUGUCAGCCCUGAAUAUCACCGAACAAAACUGUACCCUCAGCAUACCCUUUAGAGUUCAGCCUAUGCUCUUUUACUCCUCCCCUUGUAUCUAUAAAGGUUCACAAAAUAAUUCUUUUGAUAUUUCUGUUGGUUUCGCUAGCUUUACCAAUUGUAGCCACAUGCUUAAUUACAGCACAUCCCUCUGCCCUGGCCCAGGACGAGCAUUCGUUUGUGGUAAUAAUCUAGCUUUCACCACCCUGCCCGCCAAUUGGACAGGGCUAUGUGCCCUAGCUGCCUUAUUACCUGACAUAGACAUCAUCCCAGGAGAUGAGCCUGUCCCCGUUCCUGCUUUUGACCACUUCGCAGGACGACACAAAAGAGCCUUAGCUAUUAUUCCCCUGCUUGUUGGUCUAGGAGUCUCUGGAGUGGUAGCUACCGGAACUGCAGGAUUAGGAGUUGCAGUUCACUCCUAUACAAAACUUUCCAAACAACUUGUCGAUGAUGUCCAAGCCUUAUCAAAUACUAUUACUGACAUUCAAGACCAAUUAGAUUCCCUAGCAGAAGUAGUCCUACAGAAUAGACGAGGUCUACACUUACUCACAGCAGAGCAGGGAGGUAUUUGUUUAGCUUUACAGGAACGAUGCUGCUUUUAUGCCAACAAGUCAGGCAUCGUCCGGGACAAGAUCAAGACCCUUCAAGAAGAUCUGGAAAGACGACGAAAAGCUCUGACUGAGAGCCCUUUCCUUACAGCCUUCAACAGACUACUCCCCUUUCUUCUCCCUCUCCUCGGGCCUUUAAUAGCUAUCAUUCUCUUCCUGACCUUUGCUCCCUGGGUUCUCAGGCGCACCACAAACCUCAUCCGAGACCAACUUAACUCCCUUCUUGGCAAACCUAUCCAGAUACAUUAUCACCAACUAGAAAUGAAUGAACUUGGCACUGACUCGCAGCGUUUUCUCCGAGAAUGUCCUCGCACAUAAACUCCCUUUUACACCCCCACCUCCUACGAGAACAGUAUAACUCUUGGCAUUAUACUUUACAUAUAAAUUGUAAUGGAUACCGCUAGGUGCAGAGCAAAGCAUUGCAAGGAGAAGCUACCCCGAAGGUGGCCCUGCCAUGUCUCCUGAGAGGCAAGUCGGCUUGCAUAGAGGUCAGCGCCCCAACCCUCUCCUCCGAAAAGGGUGCUUCAGAGCUCGGGAGGAGCCAGACCUCUGCCUCCCCUAGCUGGUUAAUGUCCACUCCUCACCUUAAAAAUAAAAAUAAGGGAGGAGAUGUUGGGGGCUGGGAUAAGCCUGAAACAGGCUGAUACAAUCAAACCUGAAGGUUGUGCCUGAAUAACAGGAUGCUGCAGUCAGGAGCCAUAGAACUCCCCCUCCUGGACAUGCAGGUGGCACACCAAUCAGUGCCUUGAUCAAGUGCCCACCAUGCACCCCCCGGCCAAUCGCAGGCUAGAGCACGCUUUGAAGCCACCUAUCCACUGCACUUCCUCCACUGCCCUCCUCUAUAUAACUACCUCCAUUUUGAAAUAAAUUUGCAGUUUGAUCAGAA